CAAAGCCCGAACUGCAGAAACGUGAAUAUGAUGGGAUUGCUCUCGGCCGUCCGAUUAGGUCAAUCCGACGGACACGAAGACGACGGGGCUGAAGGUAAGCGUUUUCCAAAAGAAAAAGGAAAAAGGUACAGGUUUGCAAGGGGGCAAAUCUCAAGCCGGCUAAACCAUUGGCCCCCAAACGAGAAAUUUGCGAGGUUUCCAUGGUCCGCCGCCGCCGCCGCCGUCUCGCGUCCCCCGUCAUGCCGCUGGACAACGACGACCUCCUCCGUGAGAUCCUACUCCUCCUUCCUCCGCAGCCGUCGUCCCUCCUCCGCGCCUCCGUGGUCUGCAAGCGCUGGCGCCGCCUCGUCUCGGAUCCGGGUUUCCGCCGCCGCUUCCGCGCGCACCACCGGAAGCCCCCACUCCUCGGCUGCUUCUACUUCGACCUAGAUGUCGGUUACGUCUUCACUCCCACGCUGGACCCGCCCGACCGCAUCCCGGCCGCGCGUUUCUCCCUGCCGCAGCGCUGCCGCCACGAGGGGUUGGACUUGGACUUCGUGGAAUGCCAUCACGGCCUCGCCCUUUUCCUCAACAAGAAACAACCCGAGGCCGUCGUGUGGAACCCCAUCUCCGGUCGCCAGCACCGAGUAGCUUUUCCACCAGAGUUCGGCAACGCUAGAGAGAGGGAGAUCCUAUGCGCGGCGGUGCUCUGCGCUGCUGGUGAUGACGACCCUGGCCAUGUGCACGGUGAUUGUGGCCUGAGCUCUUUUAAAUUGGCUUUGGUGCGAGGUGGCCAAGACCACGCAAGUCUAUCUGUGUGCCUCUACAAAUCCAGGUCUGGCCUAUGGGGAAAUGUUAUCUCAACGACUAAAGACUGGUACACAUUGUUUUCUUGGAGAAAGUCCAGCGUCCUGGUUGGGAAUGCACUUUACUGGUGGUGUUGCCAGAUUGAAGGUUGCAUUCUUGAGUUUGAUUUUAAAAUGCAGAAGCUUGUUACAAUUGAGAAGCCAGUAGACGACGGUUGUUCUGACUAUCAGAUCAUGCGGACAGAGGAAAGUAGUCUUGGACUCAUCAUCUUGACAGAACUGACCAUGCAGUUAUGGAAGCGGAAGGUCAGUUCUGAUGAUGUUGCUACAUGGGUCCUUCAGAAAACCAUUGAACUGACAAUGCACCUUUGGCCAAGACAGUCCGUCCAGGUCUUCUGGACCAGGAUACAUGGGUACGAGGAGGAUCACAAUGUGAUAUUUCUGGGGACAUCUAGUGGUUCUUUCAUGAUUCAACUCGACUCAAUGCAGUUCAAUAACCGAUUCCAGUUCAACUCCAUCUUCACCUAUUUUCCCUACACAAGCUUUUAUGCUGCAGACUGGGCAGCUGGUGGUAGAGAUGAUGGAACUGAAAUGUCAAGCAGUACAUCACCUAAUUGUCCUAUCAGAUAAGCUACCAUAAUGUGUUAAUUGAACCCGUGAUGUGCAUUUUGCUUCUGAUACGUACAUGUUUAUUUAUUUAUUACCUUGUCAACAUUUUGAUAUAAUCCUGCAAACUGUGUAUCCUCCUAGUAUUUAAGCUGUUUGCGACCUAUCUAGUAGAUUGGGAUCAAAUUUGUUUCAGUUGUAAACAAGCUGCGUAUUAUGUGGUAUUUUAUUGGAUGUGACCACUUGUGUUU